AUGGAUGCUCAUUGUGCAGACAAGAAAUUGUACCUGGAGUCUGCCGACGGCCUGGUCAGAUCCCACGUGGAAGUGCUGGACGUGGGCGUUGUCAACGGCGUGGCCCACGUGAUCAGCAACGUCUUAGCCACGCCCACCUUCACCUUGUGGGACGUUGUGUCGGAUAUUCCCGAGCUCAGCCGACUAAAGACACUGAUAACCAAGGAAUUCCCUGAGCUGCGGAACAACCUAAGUACACACUCCAAACGCCCAAUGACCGCCUUCCUGCCCGCAGACACAGCCAUGGAUAAGGUCAUGGGUCAGGUGAACACCAUGCUCCUCAACUCUCGCGACACGCUGGUGGAGGUGAGUAGUGUGUAGUGUGUGUGUGUGU